UUUACAUUUCUCAGCCGCUGAAAGCGCGUUAAAUUUUAUUUUAAAUUUUGAGUGAAACAGUGGAUUAAUUUUGUGUAAAUCAGGAAAUUUUCGCCAAAACAAUUGUUUUAAAAUGUCAUUCUUUGGAAACACGACAACCCCAGGACUUGGAUCGACAAGCACGCCCGCAAAGCCCGGUUUCGGAAAUUUUUCGUUCGGUCAACAAACAUCGACGCCAGCGUUCGGAACUACUGCAACCAGUUCGGCACCAUUGCUCUUCGGCGGUCAGGCUAAUACCAGCACUAACACUGGUUUCGGUGGAUUCGGUACCACAGCACCGACUGCCCCCGCGGCAGCUAGCACUUCGGCAUUUAGCUUCGGAACGAAUACCACGGCCACUGCGGCUCCAGCAUUCGGGUUCGGAACUGCAGUUUCAACGGCUGCGCCUACCGCUUUUGGUGGUUUCGGAACGGCUACUACUUCAGCGGCUACCGGUUUCGGUGGAUUCGGAGCGACAACUACAGUGAGCGCACCCGCCUUCGGAGGAUUCGGUGGCUUUGGCGCAACUACAACCAGUUCGGCUCCGACACUUUUUGGACAACCGGCCGCCAACACCAAUACCGGGUUUGGUGGAUUCGGAACGUCCUUCGGUGCGAGUGGUUUCGGACAACAGCAAGCUAGCGGUGGUUUGACAUUUGGUCAGGGUUUCCAGCAGCAACAGCAGCAGCAACCACCAGCACUUACACCAGAAGAGGCGUUUGCGCAAUCCAUUUUCAAUGUGUCAAUUUUUGGAGAUGAGCGGGAUACGGUUAUCGCCAAGUGGAACUAUCUGCAGGCAAUGCUCGGUACGGGAAAGGCAUUUUACUCACAAAAUAACCCGGCGGUGGACAUCAAUCCCAGUAACUAUCUUUGUCGUUUUAAAACUAUGGGAUACACUAAGCUUCCGGGGAAGGAGAACAAGGUCGGGUUGGUUGGGCUAACGUCCAACAAAAACGUUGCACAGAUGAAGGACCAACAGCAGCAGUUUAUUACGAAUCUGAAUCAAAUUUUCGGUAACAAACCAAAUCUAGCGAUCACCGUAGAUAGUAUUAAAGUGGUCGGUGAAAAUAAAUCCCAGAUUAUACUGUAUGUAGAAGAAAAAUCAAUGAACUCAAAUGAAACGAAAAGGAUCAUGGCAACUGAAGUUGCAAACUACCUAAAUCAACCUACGCCCAAACAGCAGUUGAGCUCCCUGGGUGUGGAAUCGGUUGUCGCAUUGGUUCUCCCUGAGGAGGAUCAACUGAAGGAAUAUCUUGAAAAUCCCCCUAAAGGGAUCGAUCCCCGCAUGUGGCAACAGGCUAAGCUCGAUAACCCGGAUCCGAAAAGGUUCAUUCCGGCACCGAUGAUUGGUUUUCAGGAACUCAGGUGGCGCAUUAAAUGUCAGGAAAGCGAAACUGAUAUUCAUGUGUCCUACCUUUCCAAAGUUGAGAAAGAAAUCGAACAGUUAAAGCAGAGACACACCAAUACAACUGCCAAGAUAAUGGAGCAUCGACGCAAGUUUGCAGAACUCAGCCAUCGGAUAUUGAAGAUUAUAGUUAAACAGGAGAGCACCCGAAAGAUGGGAUUAGCGCUUUCUCCUGAGGAAGAGUUAAUUCGCAGUAAGCUGGAGAAUAUGCACGCGUUGGUUUCUACUCCGACGCAGUUCAAAGGAAAGCUUAGCGAACUACUGUCGCAGAUGCGAAUGCAGCGAAACCAAUGGGCACAUGCUGGAGGUGGCAAUGAGUACACGCUGGAUAAAGAUUCAUCUGAAGAGAUGAAGAGUUUUUUGACAAUGCAACAGAAAGCGAUGGCUUUCCUAGUGGAGACCGUCAACAAGGAUCUCAAGGAUCUUAAGGUUAUUUCGGAUGGAAUGGCUCGAUUGAUACAAAGCUAAGGUACAGUAUUUGCAUUUCGAUUUUGAUUUUUUUCAAUUAAGUGGAUGAGAGAAAUAAAUUGUCGUU